GGAAAAGUCGGCACUGAGGCUGGGAUCUUUGGCGGCGCUAAUGGCGUCGUAGCGUGGGAGGGAUAAAGUCAAUUCGGACGAUCCACUGUCUUGUGAAAGCGACUUGGGCGCGCAUCAAUAUAUUGUUUCGUUCCAUUGCAUAUCCCCUCAUACCCAAGAUCUCAUGAGUUUCUCGUCCGUACAUCUUCAAACUUGUACCUGAUUGCCUGGUCUGUGGCCAACGAGCUAAAAUCAUCAUGACAGUCAACGUCUUUGCUGUUCCCAGUAUGUAACCACUUGGCUAAGGGUCUCAUCCAGUCAUGGCUCGAAAUGUCUAACAAUGAUCCAAAUAGUCUUUUUCAUCUGUUUCCGAGAAUGUCUCGAAACAAGCAUCAUCGUCUCCGUCCUUCUAGCAUUCUUGAAGCAGAGUGUCGGCGGCGAGGACGAUAAAGAAACCUACAAACGCCUUCUCAAACAGGUGCUCUCCCCCUCCUCAACUUCGUCCUCCUUUCAAUCUAACAAAGGAUCAGGUAUGGAUUGGUGUAGGUCUCGGCCUCGCCAUCUGUAUCUGCAUCGGCGCCGGUAUGAUCGGUGCAUUCUACUCCCUCGGCAAAGAUGUCUUUAGCAAAACAGAAGACAUCUGGGAAGGAAGCUUCAGUCUUAUUGCGGCGAUUAUUAUCUCUAUUAUGGGCGCUGCUCUUUUGAGAGUUAAUAAACUUCAGGAGAAGUGGAGGGUCAAGCUUAUGCAGGCUCUGGAUAAGAAAGAUGCGAUUGCUACUUCUGGUCUUAUGAGUCGUUUCAAGCUUUGGUCGGAGAAGCAUGUCAUGUUUAUUCUGCCUUUCAUCACCGUUCUGAGAGAAGGUCUUGAGGCUGUUGUGUAUAUUGGAGGCGUCAGUUUGGGACUUCCAGCUUCUUCGUUUCCUUUGGCUGUUAUUUGUGGCCUUGCAGCUGGUUGCGUCGUUGGAUACAUCAUUUACAGAGGAGGAAACACAACAUCUCUCCAAAUCUUCCUCAUCAUCUCUACUGGUUUCUUGUAUCUCGUCGCCGCCGGACUCUUCAGCAAAGCCGUUUGGGCCUUCGAAAUCCAUGCCUGGAACAACAUCAUCGGUGGUGAUGCCGCAGAAGUUGGCUCCGGCCCUGGCUCUUAUGACAUCCACAAGAGUGUCUGGCACGUCAACUGCUGCAACGCUGAGCUCAACGGCGGUGGUGGCUGGGGUAUUUUUAAUGCCAUUCUUGGUUGGCAGAACUCUGCGACAAUUGGAUCUGUUGUCUCUUACAACGUUUAUUGGCUGGUCGUUAUUAUCUGCUUCUGCUCCAUGACUUACAUGGAGCGAUACGGUAACCUUGGUGUGUUUACACCACUGACGACAUGUUUUGGACUACGCAAGAAGACUGUCCCCGAGAAGCCGAGCAGCAUUGAGAAUGAGCUUAUGCCUUCGAAUGGAGAUGACAAGACUGCUACGCCAGUUGUGAGCAGCAUUUAAACGACAAAUAUUAUAUGAUAUUGUUAAAUGAGCAUUGGUAAUAAAUAGAACGUGAAACGUGUAAAACAGGUUCAAGCUUAUCAUUCUUAAAAAAGUCUUAAUAAAACAUUGGAGAAGCGGAGGAGAGCUCUUGUGGUGGCUUAGUCUGUUCUCCAACGACCCACCUGAAAUGCAAAAUUUUGCAAAAAGUAAAAUCCGAAGAUCGUGAGUCGACCACG